AUGGCCGUAUCCCAGUCCCGAACUCUCUGGACUGUCAUCAUUGCAGCCGCGCCGCUAGCGUGGGUACUCUAUACCAAGGCCGUCUACAACGCCAGCACGACGGUAUCGUUUACGUUGGAUAACACGGACACCCAGAAUGAUCUGAACAGUGACGUCCUUCCAGCCGAGGUGCAACAGGACAGAGACGCCUGGAUCGUGGUGCGCGAGCGCAUAGUCUCGAAGCCUUUUCAGACAACGAGCACACGGCAGACGAAGGGAGAGGAAAAGUCCAGAUUGUCGGGCCUGCUUGAUACCUAUCUCCGCACCACCAUGCGUCUCUUUACUUAUACGCCGCAAGCCUGGCUCAUGCGUCGUCUGAUGACGGACCCCGAGGCCCGCCGCACGUUUGAGACCGGGUACCUAUCCUCGUGCGACUUUGCCGUAGGCGACCGCGUCUGUGGCGUUUACGUCGUGACGAGCCGGAGUGCUCCUCGACAAGAAGAAGACGAAGAAGGGCGCGAGACGGUCGUCUUGGUUCUGGCGCCUCCACAGGGCUGGACGGGACCCGUGGUAAAGGGCAGACUAAUUGCCGUGCUCGAGGAGGAGGAGCAGAAGGAGGAGGAUAUGGAGGGCGGAAACGGCGUCAGGACGAUCCGUGCAGUCAAUGAGACGGUGCUAUGGAGGCGGCGCGAGGGUGAGGCGCCCGUGUUUCUCGAGGGUGCCGUCGGGCGCUGGUUACAUGCGUUCAUGGUGCAGUGGAUGGUUAUUAGAGGCGUACAGACCGUGAAGAGAGAAAUAGAGAUGUGGUAA